AUGUCGGAGAGCAUAGAUAACCCAGUGCAAGUCCAGGCCUCCAGUCCCAGCGCUCUAGCCCCGGAGUCAGCCGCCCAAAACCACAUACAGCGCUUCAAGUGGACGUUAGUCUGGCAUCUUACAUUUGCUGAGAGUGACUCUACCCUUGGCGUCGAUAACACCUCAGUAACGAGCGCCUCAUUCAGUUCGUCCAUUCAGAACCACAAGUAUGAAAAUGGCCGGCGCUACCACGCCUUCCGAGAGGGCACCUACCCGCUACCCAACGAUGAGCCUGAGCCUGAGCAAGAACGACAGGAUCUUCUCCAUCACAUUUUUCGUCUGAUACUGCGCGGCAAGCUUUUGCGUGCACCCCUGGAGCAUGCCCCGCCACGCGUGCUGGAUGUCGGUACAGGCACUGGAAUCUGGGUCCUCGAUUUCGGAGAUGAGUUUGCUGAAAGCUCUGUGAUCGGGACCGACCUUAGCCCAAUCCAGCUAACAUGGAUUCCGCCGAAUUGUAACUUUGUCAUCGACGAUGCUGAGAGUGACUGA